UUAUAUGCCAAUAAAGCCAAUUUGAAUAUAAAUUAAUUGAGAGAGAGGGGGAGAAAGAGGUGAGAGAGAGAGAAGGGAGGAGAGGCAGUUGGAGAGAGAGAGCGAGAGAGAAAGUAGAGAAAGAGAGAGUGAGAACGAAUGACAGAGGCCACGCGUUGCUGUAUUGGCUCCUCCGUGUGUGUGAGAUGUCAGAACCCUAGAGCGGCAACCAGCAGCAAGAGCGGCCGUUGUGGAUUGUGGUCUGUAGUUCUCUGUAGUGGUCUGUAGUGGUCUGUAGUAGUCUAGUGGUCUGUAGUAGUCUGUAGAUGUCAGUAGUUAUCUGUCCUGAUCUGUAGUUAUCUAUAGUUUUCUGCAUUAGUCUUUAGUGGUCUGAAGUGGUUGUUUAGCAGUUGUGGAGCGGUCAGAAGAUGAACCAGCGCCGGUCUGUGUCGGAACAGAACCAUGUGAUCGAGCGGAGGGUCAGGAGUCGUGACAACCUGCUCAUCAAUGCAGACUUUGGAGAUGACAACUGUUCCAGUUACCAUGGAUACUACCCAGGUCGCAGCAGUGCAGAGCGACAGCUCCUGGCACGUCAGGCGGUUGCUAAGCGACGACAGGCCCUUCGAGGCCCUGCCUACAUGUUCUCGGAUCCGCCCAUCAGCCUCACGGAUGCAGAACAGCGUUUCCUGGAGGCGGCAGAGUAUGGCAAUAUCCCAGAGGUGCGACGCAUGGUCCUACACAUGCCCAGUCUCAACGUCAACGCAGUAGACUACAUGGGCCAGAAUGCAUUGCAGCUGGCGGUGGCAAAUGAGCAUCUAGAGGUGACUGAGCUGCUGCUUGGGAGAGUGGAGCUAUCCAGGGUGGGAGACGCUCUGCUACUGGCCAUCAGUAAAGGUUAUGUACGUAUAACGGAGGUGUUGCUAGGCCACCGUUCGUUCAGUGACGCGCAACGCCUGACAGCAAGCCCUGCCCAGGUGGACAUGUUGGAUGACUUCUACGCUUAUGAUGAGGAUGGGACACGUUUCUCCCAUGAUGUGACUCCAGUGAUUCUUGCUGCUCAUUGUCAUGAAUAUGAGAUUGUCCACAACCUAUUGGGUAAAGGAGCUCGUAUAGACCCGCCCCACGACUACUUUUGUUGCUGUGAUUCGUGCAACUACCAGCAGCAAUUUGACUCCUUCAGCCACUCACGGUCCAGGAUUAACGCUUACCGUGGCCUGGCUAGCCCCGCCUACCUCUCGCUGUCCAAUGAGGAUCCAGUAUUAGCCGCCCUGGAACUCAGUAACGAGUUAGCUGUCCUGGCCAACAUCGAGAAGGAGUUUAAGAAUGACUACCGGCGUCUGUCUGGGCAGUGUAAAGACUAUGUGGUAGGUCUGUUGGAUCUCUGUCGCAGCACUGAGGAGGUGGAGGCUAUACUGAGUGGAGAUACUGACUCAGAGGAGAAGUACCAUCCACCUGGCCGACCCUCACUCAUGCGACUCAAACUGGCCAUCAAAUAUGAACUCAAGAAGUUUGUAGCCCAUCCUAACUGUCAACAGCAGUUGUUGUCUAUCUGGUAUGAGAACCUACCAGGUCUGAGACAGCAGACUACAGCUGUUAAACUACUAGUGGUCCUGGGAGUGGCUGUUGGACUUCCUGGACUAGCUGUGGCUUACCUGGUGGCCCCCUGCAGUAGGGUAGGGAAGGUGAUGAGAAGUCCCUUCAUGAAGUUCGUGGCCCACGCUUCCUCUUUCUCCAUCUUUCUGUGUCUGCUGGUCUUGAACGCUGCCGACCGCUUCGCUGGGACCACACUGCUACCCAACAUGACCACACAUCUCCCCACACGACUGCAACAGAACCAACAACAAGAGGAAGACCCCACCAUGCUGUAUCGUAUGACCACCACCCCCUUCACCUGGAUGGAGAUUCUCAUCAUAUCCUGGGUCAUUGGUAUGAUUUGGGCAGAGGUAAAAGAGAUCUGGUCCCAGGGAGCGGGAGAAUACCUCUUAGAACCAUGGAACUUCUUGGACUUCGGAAUGUUGGCCAUCUUCCUGGCGUCCUUCAGUUCCCGCUUCUCUGCCUAUAACCACACCCACUCAGCCCAGCUAUAUGUCCACACACACUACACCCACCUCUCUACGCUGGACAACAUCACCCUUCCACCACACGUACACUACUACACACUGGCUCGUCUCUCCUGGUUGCCCUCUGACCCCCAGCUGAUAUCUGAGGGCCUGUAUGCGGUUGCCGUGGUGCUCAGUUUCAGCCGCAUCGCCUACAUCCUGCCAGCCAAUGAAAGCUUCGGACCGCUGCAGAUAUCACUGGGACGCACUGUUAAAGACAUCUUGAAGUUCAUGGUGAUCUUUAUCCUGGUGUUCCUGGCGUUUAUGAUCGGAAUGUUCAACCUCUACUCUUACUACCUGGGGGCCAAGCAGAACGAUGCCUUUACCACUCUCGAGGAGAGCUUUAAGACUCUGUUUUGGGCGAUCUUCGGCCUGUCGGAGGUGAAGUCGGUAGUCAUUAACAACGAUCACAAAUUCAUUGAGAACAUCGGCUACGUGCUGUAUGGUGUUUACAAUGUUACCAUGGUGAUCGUUCUGCUCAACAUGCUGAUCGCAAUGAUAAACAGCUCUUUCCAGGAGAUAGAGGAUGAUGCUGAUGUGGAGUGGAAGUUUGCCCGUGCCAAGCUGUGGUUCUCCUACUUUGAGGAAGGCAGGACCCUGCCCGUCCCAUUUAACCUGGUUCCUAGUCCUAAAGCAAUGUUGGGGCUGGCCACUGCUGUUAGAGAGCUGCUGCUACACAGCCACACACAGCCACCUGACGGAGCGCAGCUCAACCAGCUGGGAGACAGUAAAGCUUCAGGAUACAGCAACUCUCCGAGACCCACCAGAUACCAGAAGAUCAUGAAGCGCCUUAUAAAACGUUACAUCAUCAAAGCCCAGACGGACAAAGAAAAUGACGAGAUCAACGAAGGUGAGCUGAAAGAGAUUAAGCAGGAUAUCUCCAGUCUGCGUUAUGAGCUGCUGGAGGACAAGAAUCACAACAUGGAGGAGCUGCAGGAGCUUCUGGGGAGGCUGAGAGAGACUUACAACACACACCACACAGAGGAACACACACAAUAACGCACACCACACAGAGGAACACACCACACAGAGGAACACACCACACUGAGGAACACACACAAUUACACACACACCACACAGAGGAACACACACAAUAACACACACCACACAGAGGAACACACCACACUGAGGAACACACACAAUAACACACACACCACACAG